UCAUAAUCACUCAACUGUACGUCAAAUUUUGUGUAUGUGAAAGAAUUUCAGAUUUAGCUGGUAAAAUCUGAAAAUAUUGAUGAGCUAAUAAAUAGAGAAUUAUGUUAUUUUGGUCCAAAGUUAAAUAACAAAAUGUCUGAAAAAGACGGUGGUAUCUUUUAUAAUGUAACUAAUUUGCUUGAACAGGAUUAUCGUGGUGUAAAUAUAGCCGUAUAUGCUCUUGCUACUGCUGGACUGGCUAUAUCUAUACAUAAAAUACGUCCGGUUAGCAAGUUUUCGAAGGCCACCAAAGUACCAGAACACUUCAUAAGGCAGCAUGAACCGUUGAGGGGAGUAUACAGUGGUGUGCAGCAUUCUCCUGUACGUCUCUUGAUAGACCACAAAGCACCAGUGUACUUACCACUAUGGCAUUCCAGUAAACCUCCAUUGCCAGUCAAGUUAUGGGGUGUUGAUAUUGUGAGUGGAAAUGCUGUUAACUGGCUUGAAUGUGUAGCUAAAGGCCAACAAAUCACUUUGAAGCCUAUUGGAAGAGAUAAAGAGGAUCUAGUAUCUACUGUACUCCUGCAUUUACCACAGCCCAAGUCUAAAACAGUGGAAACAUUGGAUAUUGGACAAAAAUUGGUAGAACUGGGUUUUGCCACAGCAUCUGUUCCACAAGCAAUUAAGAAAAAUACCAUAGAGUCACAGUUGGCACCAGCUAUCCUGUCGGCUGAGGCUCAUGCUAAGAACUACCGCAAUGGUAUUUGGUCUGACAAACUUCCACCAAUUCCAUUAUAUAUUGUAUAUUGGCGAAAAGGGUCACAAAUUAGUAUAGAGCUUGUUGCUCUAACCGCAAGGAAACUAUUACAAUUACUUGCUACUACUUCAAAAGGUGCCUUACUGGGGGUGAAAUAUUUAGCCCUCCGGCCGUUCAGGACCACUCCUAAACAGGUCCAAGCUGCAUAAAAGCAUUUAUUUUUUUAUUGAUAUAAUUGCUCUGUACAGUUGUUAUAAAUUCUAGCUUGUUGAAUUACCAAAUGUGUUAUGUAAGCUGUAAUUAUUUGGUGAUGGUGGCAUACUAGACUUUUGUUUCAUGUUGAUUUAAAUA